UCUCUCUCCUCUUCUUUCUCUCUCUACUUAUACUAGUAUAUAAAUAAACCUCACAUUACAUCUUCUAUUAUAUCAUCACAACAAAAACAUUAUAUUAUUAGAAAAAAAAAAUGGGAGCUUUGGGAUUAUUAGCAUGUGUUGUAUUUGCGGUGGCGUUACUUUCAUGCACUGCAAACGCUCGACCGGCGACUUUUUCGCAGGAUUUCCGAGUGGCGUGGGCCGAUAAUCACAUUCGGCAACUCGAAGGAGGAAAAGCCAUUCAACUUGUUCUUGACCAAACCUCAGGAUGUGGUUUUGCUUCGAAGUAUCAAUAUUUGUUCGGACGUGUGAGCAUGAAGAUCAAGCUUGUUCCCGGCGACUCUGCCGGGACAGUCACUGCAUUUUACAUGAACUCGGACACUGACACGGUUCGAGACGAGUUGGAUUUCGAGUUCUUGGGUAACCGGUCCGGUCAACCCUACACGGUCCAAACAAAUGUCUAUGCCCACGGCAAAGGUGACCGCGAACAAAGGGUCAACCUUUGGUUUGACCCCGCCGCAGCAUUCCAUACCUACUCCAUUUUCUGGAAUCACCAUCACGUCGUGUUUUCGGUGGACGACAUACCGAUUAGGGUUUACAAGAACAACGAGGCGAGAGGAAUCCCGUUCCCGAAAUUCCAACCAAUGGGAGUGUACUCCACUCUCUGGGAGGCCGAUGACUGGGCGACACGUGGCGGUUUGGAGAAGAUAGAUUGGAGCAAAGCCCCAUUCUAUGCCUACUACAAGGAUUUCGACAUCGAAGGUUGCCAGAUGCCGGGCCCCGCCAGCUGUGCCUCCAACCCCGGCAACUGGUGGGAGGGGGCGGCACACCAGCAGCUCAGCCCCGAAGAGGCCAGGCGCUACCGUUGGGUCCGCAUGAACCACGUCAUUUACGAUUACUGCACUGACAAGUCCCGUUACCCUGUUACCCCACCGGAAUGUACGGCCGGAAUCUGAUUUGAGUAUAUUCAGGUGGCCGGGCGCCUUUCUUUGUCGGCGCCAGAAAAGGACUGAGUGGUCAAUUUCUAAUUGGCUUUUGCAUGUUUACUAAUUACUAUUGAGGGGUCUAAAGGGAAAUAUUUCAACCUAUAUAUAUAUAUAUAUAUAUAUAUAUAUAUAUAUAUAUAUAUAUAUAUAUAUAUAUAUAUAUAUAUAUAUAUAUAUAUAUAUAUAUAU